AAGCAGUGUCGCAACUCCGCUUCAACGUCGUGUCCACCAGUACGGAGCUUCCCUCGUUGCAUCCACAGCCUUUGCGGUCCGCGGCCGGCGUUACUUGACAACAGCCAUGGCUGGAACGAUGGUCACGACACAAUAUGCGCAGGCGCCUCAUCAUAACCUCCAUUAUGGUUAUGUGCCGCCGCCUUCCCCGCCCAUGGACGAGUCAGCAAAGUGCUCGCUCCCGUCUAUCUCGAACCUCCUCGGGCUAGCGGACCAAGGAUCACCGACUUCGGAGACAUCGCCCCAGUCCCAGCAACAAUCACAUGUAUCGACCAAAUCGGAGACGAGGCCCAAUUCUUCGCAUUAUGCCAACCCAGCGUUGGUUAGGCCGGCCCUGCCGCCCAGCCCGCCCAUGUCCUCGGAUGCAUCUUUCGAGGGGUUCAACUCGCCGUCCACCAGGUCUGUGAGCCAGGUGUCGAACGGCUCCAACUACUACUUCGAGACGACGCCGCCGCUCCAGGUGGAGUCAGACUCGCGGCAGAUGACGGCCGCCUCUGCCGUACCGCGUGUUUCUGUCCAGACCUCGGCGUACCAGCCGCACUUCGCCAGUCCUGCGUACAUCAGCCAGCCCGCCAUGACCUCGUACUAUCCUCCGAUCCAGGCCGCCGCGCCGCCGCCGCCGCCGCCGCCGCCGCAAAUGUCUGGUCUUUACUACCAGCGACCCCUCCCUCAGACUUUCCCCCCACCGCUGCCCGUGUCGGUAACGUUAGCUCCGGCGCCGGGCAACCCCUGGCAGCACCACCAUUACAUCGCUCCCUCGGCAUCCGGCUCCUACCCCCAGAGCCAGGACCGGUACAUCUGCCAGACGUGCAACAAGGCUUUCUCGCGGCCCAGCUCGCUCCGGAUCCACAGCCACUCGCACACGGGCGAGAAACCCUUCAAGUGCCCAUUCCCUGGUUGCGGCAAGGCCUUCAGCGUACGGAGCAACAUGAAGCGGCACGAACGGGGCUGCCACAACUACGACAGUAGCAGCAGCACGAACAGCAGCACAAGCAACGUCAGCAGGCCUUGAAUGUGCGAAGGAAACACAAAAACGCGGCGUAUUUUCUAAUUCGACGAAUACACAACCCGACCGGAUCACCCACCUAUAGACCUACCAUCAAUCCCGGACCCUGGCGGUACAGGAUACGAC